CCACCGGCAUUUCGAUGGGCUACUAAGUUAAUUGAAGACGCGUUUCAUUGAAACUUAACCAAAUUAACGUUUGACAAGGCUGACUGCACGUUGCACAAGCGUAUUCGAACACACGCGGGGAGCAUGAGUUGCUGUUUUAUGUGCUGGUCGAACGUACCGCCGGCGAACCUGUCGACACCGGAGGGGUCGACACAGGAUGACGAAGAUCCACAGGAUACAGUGCGGAAGAUCCUGGAAGAGGGCCAGAGGCUCAGCAAGGCGGGCAAGGCUAAAGAGCUCGGUGACUUGAUCAAGUCAACACGGCCGAUGCUCAACUCGUUCAGUAAAGCUAAAGCGGCCAAGCUUGUUCGCGCCCUCGUCGACAUGUUUCUCGACAUGGAGGCUGGCACAGGCCUUGAGGUGGAACUGUGCAAGGAAUGCAUAGACUGGGCUCAGCACGAGAAGAGGACUUUUUUGCGGCAGUCCCUAGAGGCACGGCUCAUAGCCCUCUACUAUGACACCGGACGUUACACUGAAGCUCUUCAAUUAGGGAGCAGCUUGUUAAAGGAGCUGAAGAAGCUGGAUGACAAGAACCUGCUUGUGGAAGUACAGCUGCUCGAGAGCAAGGUGUACCACGCCCUGAGCAACCUGCCCAAGGCGCGUGCUGCCCUGACCAGUGCCCGCACAACAGCCAACGCCAUCUACUGUCCCCCCAAGUUGCAGGCAGCCCUCGACCUGCAGAGUGGUGUGCUGCACGCUGCUGAUGAACGGGAUUUCAAGACAGCUUUCUCCUACUUCUACGAAGCAUUUGAGUGCUAUGACUCGGUUGACUCCCCCAAGGCCCUCAUAGCACUCAAGUACAUGCUGUUGUCCAAGAUCAUGCUCAACCUGCCAGAAGACGUGCAGUCAAUUGUCAUGGGCAAGUUGGCGCUGCGGUACGCGGGUCCCCAAGUGGAAGCUAUGAAGAGUGUUGCCAAGGCCAGCCAUCGCCGCUCACUCGCCGAGUUCCAGGAGGCACUGAAGAAGUAUGAGCACGAGCUGGUGGAUGACCCCAUAAUACAGGCACACCUAGACACCCUCUACGACAGCAUGCUGGAGCAGAACUUGUGCCGAAUUGUAGAGCCGUACUCACGUGUCCAGGUUACCCACAUUGCCGACACCAUCAAGCUUCCCAUGGAUAAGGUGGAGAAGAAACUGUCCCAGAUGAUCUUGGACAAGAAGUUCAGCGGGAUCCUCGAUCAAGGGGAUGGUGCGCUGAUCAUCUUUGAAAACACCACUGUGGACAAGACCUACGAGGCAGCGCUGGAGACAAUCCAGAGUAUGGGUCGUGUGGUGGACUCCUUGUACCAGAAAGCCAAGAAGCUGUCCUAGGAGUUGGUGCCUCUUUCUUGCCCCUCCCCUGCGUUCGCCCACCCCCCCUUCUCCCUUUUUUUUAUAGCCGCGCCUCCUGGUCCAAUGUCGCAACCCUGCCCUCUGUACAUAACACCUCGCCAAGUUUACCUUCGUCCCGUCUGGCUCCUUUUU